CUCUGCUCUCUCCUGGGGAUCACAUCUCUCUCUCGGAGAGCACAUUAGCAAUCUAACUACAGGUUGCGGCCAGGCAGGCAACUGAAAAGGGGCAGCUCCAGGCUUGUGCAGCUGGAAUGCCCAGUCAACCAUCUUCGAUUCUGGCGGCCGUCCCGACAUCCUUCUUACCAUCGCUCCCGGUUCGACGCCUGACAUGCACAACAUGGCGCCCGUGUCGCAAGAGACGAUUCGCUUCGACGACGACUCGCCUUUUACAUGAUGUUCCUAUCUUGCCUUUUCGAUUCGAAACAGGCAUUGGACUCUUUGCGAAACGACCUCCCCGCCCAUUCCCUCCGCCUUUCCUCUCUCCUCCGUCUACAUCCUUUACCGAUCCUUUAAGUACACAUCAUCAAAGCCGUGACCGUCGUGCUUUUGUCAACGGACAGCUUAUCAGAGGGAAAACAAACGGCGAUGAUGCUGUCUACGCGAGUGAUUAUUUCAUUUGUGCCAACGACGGCGUGGGAGCGUGGGCCACAAGACCGAGAGGGCAUGCCGGACUCUGGUCAAGAUUGAUUGGGCAUUUCUGGUCUUCUGCGAUCGAGGAAGAGCUUGUUAGAUUACCAAAGUCGCAAGAACCGAACCCCAUCGCCAGCCUACAAAGUGCAUAUGAACAGACUCUUGAGGCGACUAUGUCGCAUGACUGUUUAGGAACAACAACAGCUUGUGGCGCGCAAUUACAUUACAAGACUUGCACUGAAAAUAAAACACAGGCAUCGCCUGUCUUGUAUGUGACUAAUGUGGGCGACUGCCAGGUCAUGGUACUCCGACCCAGUACUGAAAAAGUCAUUUAUAAGACUGUGGAGCAGUGGCACUGGUUUGAUUGCCCACGACAGCUUGGGACUAACAGCCCUGACACACCCACUGAUAAUGCAGUUAUGGACAAGGUCGAUUUGGAAGUCGGAGAUAUUGUGCUUGCGAUGAGUGACGGAGUUAUCGAUAAUCUUUGGGAGCAUGAGAUCGUUGCAAGAAUACUCAAAAGUAUUAAAGAGUGGGAAUCUGGGACACAUGCAGAAGCUCACAAGGGUGAUCGCACAGGUGGCCGCAACGGUGGAAUGAGAGUUGCGGCUCAAGAUCUGAUGGAGGCAGCCCGGGAAAUCGCCGUAGAUCCUUUCGCUGAGAGUCCAUUCAUGGAGCAUGCGAUCGAGGAGGGUUUGGCGAGCGAGGGUGGUAAGCAAUAGCGACAGGAUUCCAAGAGAGAAAGCAAAGCUAACAGUAGCAGGUAAACUUGACGAUAUCAGUGUUGUCGCAGCCCUCUGCGUGAAGAAUGAGGGAUGAUAGUAGUCUCUUUGCUGGACAACUGAGACAUCUGAACGGCUCACAGUAGACUUGCCGGAUCGACCCUUCGAAGCAUAAGAUACCUAAUUACACGAUUUAAUGGUGGAGAGGGGAACAUAUGGCUCUCAUAUAACGGGUCAUCAUGCAUUACAUAGAGACAAUCUGCCUAGACAAAAUUCAGAUAUGGAACCCCAUGAUAAAGUAAUAGCACUUCACUUGUU